GCUCUAAGGCCAAGACCAAUGCCAGUCAGUUGCAGAAGCGCGGGAACGACCGACGCUUAUAAAUUAAGUUUUUUUUAAUAAGUUUUUUUAAUCCGUCGCUAUGGCGUCAGCCGUGAUGAAGUUCAGUGCCAUAUUGUUUCUGGUUGCCGCGUGUGCUGCUGAUGUUUCGGAGCUCGUUGGCGACAAAUCAGCUCAGCCGGUGACGGAGGUGUGCCUCGGGUGCAUCUGCCAGGCCAUCUCGGGCUGCAAGCAGACCCAGACGUGCGAGGGAGACACCUGCGGCCUGUUCCGCAUCACCUGGGCGUACUGGUCGGACGCCGGCAAGCCUACCAUCAACAACCUCGCGCCUGACCACCCUGAUGCGUACCGCACCUGCGUUGUGGACCCGUACUGUGCUGCCCUCACUGUCCAGGGAUACAUGAGGAAGUUUGGACAGGACUGCAAUGGCGACGGCCAGGUGAACUGCUACGACCACAUGGCGAUCCACAAGAAGGGGGGGUAUGGGUGCUCAGGCGACCUUCCUUUUCAAUACGUCAACGUCUUCAACCAAUGCAUAGCCGCCGUGGCCGCCCACCAAGGGUGAAUAGCCU